AUGUGGACUGUCGAGCUCUGCGUUGUUGUCUGGUUAUAUCUAACGGGACCGGGAAAGUGUGCGGUUCCGUCCGGAGUACUGGUGAACUACACCAGACCCGGAGACUUUAUCAUCGGAGGGAUAUUCCCUCUGCAUCAGGACAACACUUGCGAGGCGGGCAUGAGAAGCCACAUAUUAGAGAGAGUCCAGACCAUGGUCUUCGCCAUGGAGGAGAUCAACGCCAAUUAUAACAUCCUCCCCAACGUAACCCUGGGCUUUGACAUCCGUGAGUCCUGCUAUAUGGAGGACGCCGCUCUCUGGUCAGCGCUGUCGAUCCUCAGUGGUCACGUCCCGGACGGCAUGCACGCUGUCACUACAGCUAACGCCCCACGUAGCCGUUUGGUCGGCAUCGUUGGCACGAGCCGCAGUUCCACUAGCAUCGUAGCGGCAAAGGCCACCAAUCUCUACCAGGUACCCAUGAUCUCCGGCUACGCCACCAGUGACGAGCUGAGCGACAAGGGAAGGUUCCCUUACUUCUUGCGCACUGCCCCGCCUGACAAACUCCAGGCGCUGGCCAUCAUCGACGCCCUGCUCCGGUUCGAAUGGCGGUACAUCGGCGUAAUGUACUCCAUUGACACCUACGGGAUCCGAGGCACGCAGGAACUCUUGAACCUGGCCGACGAGAGCGGCAUCUGCGUGGCUUUCUCGAUAGCUGUUCGAAAAACGGCCACAGAGUCUGAAAUCCAGGAAGCAGUGUCAAAGAUCCUCGAGUUCGACAAGGCAAAAGUGUACGUGAUGUUCGGCGGCUACGAAGGCAUGUACAGGAUCCUACAGGAGUACCACAGGAUAAAACCGGCCGAGAAACUCACGCUAGUCGGCAGUGAUGCUUUCGCCUAUUUCGAGGAGCACGGACUACAGAAUAUGAGUCUGGGUAACCUAUUCUUCACGUUGAAUUUCCAUCAGGUCCCAGGGUUUGACAGGUACUUCAAUGAGUUGGUGGCCACCAGUAUGGAGAACCCGUGGUUUGUUGAGUAUAAGGAUCUGUGGAAAUCCGAGCUGGGCUGUACUGAUUUCAAUAACUGCUACAUUCGCACCAGUAACCGCUCCAGCCCGGCUUACCACGCCGUGUACGCCUUCGCGUACGCCCUGGAUAACAUGAUGCACGCCUACUGCGGCGUGUCCUUCGCAAAUGCCGACUGCGAGCUCUUUCAAAACGGGAUCAGCGGGCCGGAGUUCUUGCCCUUUCUUCUGAAUGUUACUUUCGAAGGGAUAGACGGCCUGUUCAGGUUUGACGAAAACGGAGACCCGGAGGGCACCUACAAUAUCAACAGCUUUCGCAACGGGGAGUACUACCGAGUCGGCAGCUGGGACUCGCGUGGGACCGACCGCCAGUUCUCCAUAAACAAGUGGGAUAUCCACUGGCCGGAUGGUGUGGGGAAACCCCCGUCCUCCUUGUGUGUCGAGCACUGCCGUCCUGGCUACAUCGUGGUCCCGCUGGACAAGAAAUGCUGCAAAGGGUGUCACAAGUGCGCCAGUAACGCCAUCGUAAGAGGCGGGGCGUGUCGCCCCUGCGAGGAGAGGUUCUGGCCGGACGAGGUCACUUUCACCGAGUGUCGAGAGAUCGAGGCCUCGACGUUCGCAAUAGACGAAGUCUCAAUUCUAGUCAUCCUCGCCCUGAGCCUCAUCGGCAUCUGUUUCUCGUCCCUCAGUUUCGCUGGCAUGACCUACUACCGCAACCACCCCUUGAUCAAAGCCACCAGCCGGGAGCUGAGUUUCCUCUCCAUCCUGGGCACAGUGCUGGCCUUCUUCAUCCUCUUUGCGUUCCUGCCGCGCCCGACAGCCGUCUCCUGCGCUAUCUCCGAGGCAAUUCUCUCGCUCUGCGUCACCCUGACCUACGCCCCGACGCUCCUCAAGGUUAACCGCAUCUUCAGGAUCUUCGAUUCCAGCAAGAGAUCCACCAAGCCCCCGAGGUUUGUGAGGCCAAAGGAUCAGCUGAUUCUCUCGGCAGGGCUCAUCUCCGUGCAGAUCAUCAUCGUCAUCAUUUCAGUCGUGGCCAGCCCGUCCAAGCCAGAGUACCUGAUCCCGACACCCCUGGAGAAGUAUGUUGAGAUUUACUGCCAGUUCGGCAGCGGUUUCAUCGCCUCGUGUGUCUACAACCUGCUGCUGAUCCUGGCCUGCUGUUACUACGCCUUCAAGGCUCGAAAGGUGCCCAGCAACUACAACGAGUCCAAGUUCAUUGCGGUCAGUGUCUACUCCACGCUGGUGCUGUGCCUGGCCGCCGUGCCCGUCUACACCACGGCCGUGGCGGUCCUGCAGAAGGUGGCCACUCUCUGCGUGGCGCUGCUGCUUAAUGCCUACCUGACACUGGUCUGCGUCUACCUGCCCAAGUUCUACGCCGCCCGCUUCGUGGAGGAUGUCCGCGUCAUGGACUGGAGCAGCUCCAUCCAAGACUUCCGUGUCAAGCCAGCCUCCACCGUGUCGACAAGUGCUGACCAACCAGCCACGGUAUCGUAAAGCAUCGUUAAGGUUUCUGACGACAGCAGAGUGGGCGGCAGCCCCACAAUUUGAAAGGUCAUACCUCAAUUUGAAAUUGUUCAAAAUUGAUUUACACCACUGGUUCCUAAAUUAAUAUGGAGCUCUGUUUUUCUUUUGAUAUUAAAGCAUGUUUUGUGUAUGUAGUUUUAUUAAAAUCUGUGACAAAUUAAAAAAACCACUGGAUAAAAAGACGAGCCACCGAGGACUAAGAAAAGGUGAAGCGGAUUUUAGCAAUUUUGUGUAUUUGGGCAAAAGAGCCACUUUCUGAUGCAACUAAAAUUUCCAACAGGCAAGCCAGCUGGCGAGAAAAACCAAACAAGUACACACGCAAGGAAACAAGCAAAUAACAAUCAAAUGAAGAAAAAACAGAACAGGGUUAAUGUGAGAAAAGUUGAUAUUAAUUGGACACAAGUGAACCAAGCUGGUAACCAAUCCUGAUUGAGAGGUUAUGUUUGAUAAUAAAAAAAACAAAGAAGAAAUGAAGCACAAAUACACUCGGAACACACGUUUUGGUAUGUGAGCAUUUGUGUUGUGAUGUUUUAUUGCAUGUUUCAUUGCAAUGUUAAAGUACUCGUAUACUCGAACUCGUACUCGAGUACAACUCAAGUACGCCUGAGUACUCGGCUCGUACGCCUGAGUACUCGGCUCGUACGCCUGAGUACUCGGCUCGUACUCGAACAUCAGUACUCGAAAAUUUAUUGUACUUAGCCCGUAGUGGAUUCUUUGUGUACUUGGAUUUUGGGCGUACUCGACCCUUGGGUAGUCGGUACCUGACCUUUUACUCGGGAAAAAAUCGAAUCCUUCACUUUUUAUCUAUUGAAUCAUGGCGCCGGGGCACGAGCGAAGAU